AUGACGAUGUCCGUCCCGGAGAGGAAAUCAGGAUCGGAGGGGAAGGAGGAGGAGAGCGAGGAUGAGAGCGAGAUCUUGGAGGAGAGCCCAGUGCGGCCGCUGGCAGAACCGAAAAGAACCAUCCUGCCAUUUGUUCCCGUCUGCCCCCUGCAGGUGAGCCAAGGUAAUGUCCCAGGUGUGGAGAGCGCCUCCCUGGCCAUGGACACGGAGGAGGGCGUGGAGGUGGUGUGGAACGAGGUCCUCUUCUCGGACAAGAAGGUCUUCAAAGCACAAGAGGAGACGAUCAAGGAGAUGUUUGAGAACCUGAUGCAGGUCGAACACCCCAACAUUGUCAAGUUCCACAAGUACUGGCUGGACAUGAAGGAGAGCCAGGCGAGGGUUAUAUUCAUCACAGAAUACAUGUCGUCGGGCAGCCUGAAGCAGUUUCUGAAGAAAACCAAGAAGAACCACAAGACGAUGAACGUAAAGGCCUGGAAGAGAUGGUGCACCCAGAUUCUCUCUGCCCUCAGCUAUCUGCACUCUUGUGAGCCUCCAAUAAUCCACGCCAACCUGACUUGUGACACCAUCUUCAUUCAGCACAACGGCCUCAUCAAGAUCGGCUCAGUGUGGCACCGGCUAUUUGUUAAUGUGUUUCCGGAUGCCAGCGUCCACAGUAAAGCCAGGCAGCACCGGGACGAGCAGAGGAAUCUGCACUUCUUUGCUCCGGAAUAUGGAUCCGGCGAAGACGAUUAUGCCAUAGACAUUUUCUCCUUCGGCAUCUGUGCUCUAGAGAUGGCCGUACUGGAGAUCCAGGCCAACGGAGAUACUGCUGUGUCCAAGGAGGCCAUCGUUAAUGCAGGUCAAUCUCUUGAAGACCCUCUCAUGAGAGAGUUCACCCAGUCCUGUCUGCGCCACGAAGCCAAGCUCCGUCCCACGGCUCACGACCUCCUGUUCCACCGGGUCCUGUUCGAGGUCCACUCCCUCAAACUGCUCGCCGCCCACUGCCUCAUCAACAACCAGUAUUUGCUCCCAGAAAAUUGUGUGGAGGAGAAAACCAAGUCCUUCGACCCCAACGCCGUCAUGGCGGAGAUCAAGCAUGACGACAGAGAGGGAGUGCAGCUCAAAUAUUCCCACGUGUCCCCUCUGGAGCUCGACAAGUUUCUGGAGGAUGUGAAGAAUGGGAUCUACCCCUUGAUGAACUUUGCCUCGUCCCGGCCUCACCCUGUCCCCCGAGCCCUGUCCUUGUCCCAGGAGCAGGUGGAGACGGUCAAGACGCCGACGCCUGAACCCCAGGAGACAGAAUCGAGGAAGGUUGUCCAGAUGCACUGUAAUUUGGAGUCAAACGAAGAAGGGACCAAAACGCACCUCUCUUUGUUUCUGAAGAUGGAUGACAAACUUCACAGGCAGCUUAGCUGUGACAUUCUUCCAACCGACUCCUCCAAAGACCUUGCCAGUGAACUCGUUCACUACGCCUUCAUUAAUGAGGAGGACAGCGAGAAGGUAGCGGGGUUCCUCGAGGACGCCAUCUGCCGUCACCGGGUCCGAGGGCUGGCUUCCGGGACCACUCAGUGAGGAGGAGGAGCCGUGAGGGGCCGGGGGUGGGGGCGGUGACAGCAGCGUCUGGCGGGACAGCGGACGGGAUCCUGCGGCCCGGCACGGAGGGAGCUGACGAACGGAGGGACAAAUACGGAAAGCAUGGCGGGCCUCGACCGCCCGGAAAUCAUCCCAGUGGGAAAAGAGGGGACGGCAGGAACCGAAGUCACCUCUCGUUGGGGGGGGGUGGGGGGGGGCGGAGGGACCGCGGAUGUGUUCAGCGACCCCACGAAGCAAAGCAGUGGAAGUUUGACACUUCCUGUCUAAGAGGGCUAUCACGCCUUAAGCUGUCUUGACGGCUUUUCCAUGAUGCCGCUACUCGGAACGGACGUGUUUUACUUAGAAAUGCAGCAGAUGGGUUUUCAGAAGGACUUUUUAAUUGCUCAUGAGCCUCGUUUUGCACUCCAAUGUCCACUUUGAUUGGUGACGUUUUUCCUUUGAGUUGUAAAGAAAGUAAUUUACUAAAGCCUCUCUCCUGUACAAGAACGCUCGGUUUAUGACAGUUAAAGGAAUUUAGGAUUCCGUCCAACGUGCACUGAUGCUACUCAUUCAGUUAACUUAUUUAUUUAUGUUCAACUGUGAACAAGAGACGCUCUCCACGAGCCGUUUCUUUUUUUUUUUUAAUUUCGAAGGCUUCUUCUCCCGGAGCCAAUCACACCAUGCCUAAAUGUAGUGACGAGCAAUGAGACGACGCCUCUCUUUUAGCCUGCAGUGCUCUUAAGGGAUUUCCCUGUGAAAGCGCUCUGAAAGCCAAAGACUUGCAAAGUGCCUGAAACGGCAAUUUACUUUGGACGGCACACGGCACCCAUCAUCGCAAUUUGGAAUUAAAACAUAUUUGGGGUGACUUUUGAAACCAGACGCAUUGAUUCUUACUUGUGCUCGUGUACUAUCGUGUAGUCCACGCCGUCGGCCCGCGUGAAUGUGAAGAUGAGCUCGUCCCCCAGUAAUGGCGGCUCCUUCGAGAGCUUCAGCCUUUCCCGAACUGGACCUGUGGACGAUGUGAUGAUGUGAAUGAGCUGCAGCUCAUGGGCGAUCGUAAUAGAUCACAGGAAGUGCGUGAACUAAAAUAAUAGUCUUAUAUAAAUGAGAAGAGGUGUGAUGGUGAUGUAGUCUUAAGACUUAAAAAGUGUUGUUAAAUAUUACUGCUAUAGUCACUUUUGGGGUAUUUUCCAAACCACCUGAGCAUAUUGUGGAAUGCCGAACGGGUUUUGUGUCUAGAGGAGUUUUUAAAGGAAGUAUCUACCCAAAAGUCGUUAGGAAUGUAUAAUUUUAGCAUUUUUGUCUUUUACGUAACCGUCAGCAGCGGUCGCCUCUGGUCUAGAGGUUUACACGGGCUGCAGGCGAUAAAACAUUAUCCAUGAUAAAAGAGAGUAACAUUUUGCCAUUUAACACGGCCAUUUCCCAGGACCAGAACUACGCUAGUUUUCUUCCACACAACUUCAGUGGGAACUUUGGGAUUGAUAGUGCACACAAACGUAAAAAAAACAGUGCUCUCCCUCAGCUCGGCAGAAUUUUUUUUGACAAAAGUCCAAUCUUGGCACCGUUUAAAGAAUGGUGGAAUGUUCUUUUACAAAACCGGAGAGCACAAAAACAAAACAAUGAUGAACUGUCUGAUUGCAGCAGUGUAAUUUUGCAGCAGUGGAGUUUUUUUUUGGUCUCAUUUAGCUCUGCUUCAUUUGUUUCCCAGUUCCGUAAAGUCGUGGCUUCAUAUAGACUGCUGUACAGUCAUUGCUUACAGUACUUAUUACUCUACUCUGUGUCAGGCCGUCUCAUCAGUGUCUCUGAAGACAGGAUUCAUGAAUUCUCCCCGGCAGUCAGAGACUAUGGGGGGGGUGGUGUACAUAUUUGUUCGUUUUUUGACACAUUUUCACACACAAAGAAGUGCCACUAUUGCUCUCUUUUGAUCUAGUCAGAUGCAUGUCUUAAUAGCCUGCAAACAUUCAAAACUUAACAUUUUGCCUUUGUCAGUCACAGUUCCGUUUCACAGGGGACCUGGCCAAGAAAAUGAAUGUUUUUGACUGUGAACAUGAAAGAAAACACCCAUAUCAGUCUCAUUCUAUGUGAAAUUACUUCUUUUCCUGUGAAACUGUUGAAUGAAAUUUGCCUUUUAGAUGUGUUAUUCUUAAACCUUUGUUAAAUAUAGAGGCUACUACAAUUAAAUAAACGACAAUACAACAUGUGACACAUCUGAAA